AUGCAGUAUAAGCGCCAGCCGCCUGCCGCCGCCGCCGUCAAGGUGAAACCGCGUCUCAUCAUCCAUGGCGGCGCCGGCAACAUCAAGCCGUCGAACCUCGCGCCGCCCGAGUACGAUGCAUACCGCCACGCCCUGCUAAUGAUUAUCGGCAAGACGAGCGCCUACCAGACAACGCCGCUCGCGUCCACGGGCCGGCUGCCCUCGGCCCUGGAAACGGCGGCGCACGCUGUGGCGCUGUUCGAGGACAUCCCGCUCUUCAACAGCGGGCACGGCGCCGUUUUCACGCGCGACGGCAUCAACGAGCUCGAGGCGUCCGUCAUGGUCUCGCGUGGCCGCAAGAAGCGCGGCGUCGGCGUCACGGGACUGCGGCACGUCAGGAACCCGAUCCUGCUGGCCAAGGCCAUCCUCGAGCACGGCGACGAGGACCUGGGGGGCCAGUCCGCCGCGACGGCCACCCCCGCAGCCGCCUUCGUCGACGUGCCGAGCGCGCAGGGCCACACGCUCCUCCACGGGGAGACGGCCGAGACGCUGGCCCGGCAGUACGGGCUGGCGCUCGUCGACGCGAGCUACUUCUUCACGCAGAAGCGGUGGGACGAGCACGUCCGUGCGCUGGAGCGGGAGAGGAAGGGGCAGGGGCCGAGCACGUGGAGCGCCGACGAGUUCCUGCCGCAGGGGACGGUGGGCGCCGUGGCGCUGGACGAGGACGGCGUCGUGUGCGCGGCGACGAGCACGGGCGGGCUGACGAACAAGCUGACGGGCCGCAUCGGGGACACGCCCGUCGUCGGGGCCGGCUUCUGGGCGGAGGAGUGGGUCGAGGACGGCGACCCGACGGGCGCCUUCGGCGGUGGCGGCGGUGAGAAAGGCCUGGUGGUGCUCUCGGACGCCCUGCGGGGGCUGAUGGCGGACUGCCUGCCCUCGCUGCGAACGUACGCGCCCCUGCUGCCGCCGCCGACGACGACGACGCGCGCGAUCGCCGUCUCGGGCACGGGCAACGGCGACUCCUUCAUGCGGGUGGCGGCGGGGCGGACGGUCGGCGCGGUGGCGCGGUGGAAGCCGCUGUCCGGGGCCGAGGCCGUGUCCUUCGUCUCCGGACCGGGCGGGGAGCUGCAGAGGAGCGCGGGGGAGCGGUGGCGUGUGACGGGCGAGGGCGAGGGCGGCGUCAUCGGCAUCGAGGUCGCGGUGGCGCGCGACGCCGAGGGCCGCGUCGUGGGCGCGCGGUCGGCCGUGCUGCAGGACUUCAACUGCAACGGCAUGUACCGGGCGUGGGUCGGCGACGACGGCAGAGCCUACGCCAAGAUCUACCGGGGCGACGUCGAGGGCGUGGACCUCGGGGAGCUGUGUGAGAAGUGGUGA